GUGGUUGCUAGUGUCUACCACAGCAACGGAGCGGAAGCGGUUGACAGUUCUUUCAUUCACUGCUGUGACACCCACCAUCGCAGUCAACAACCCUGCCGAUGGCAUUGGCAGACGCGAUGCAUCUGUGUGAGGCGCUCUGAAGGAACCUCAUUGUGUCUCGCCUCCAUGCCUCCAGCAUCCACCUGACGGGACCAACGCUGGCGCAGAGUUCGGGCUCCGAUUCCCGCUUGCGGUUGAGUGACUGACGGACAGCCCCACCGCCCAACUCCAUCUCCUCUUCCUCAUCCUCCUCUUCCUCCUCCUGCAGCCAGGAUGAAGUUCCGCCUGCACUUUGUGGUGGACCCCAUGGGAUGGUUCUGCGUGUCCGCCGUCUUCUCUGUCUGGCUCUACAACACCGUCUUCAUCCCCAUGCUCGUUCUCUUUCCACACUACAGAGAGGGACACAUACCCUGGGCUCUGGUUGUCUGUUAUUUCCUGGCAUCUCUCUUCUGUGUCACGGCGUUGCUGAGGUCAUCUACUGCAGACCCAGGCAGGCUACCCCAGGACCCUCACAUACCUCACUCAGAGCGCGAGCACUGGGAACUGUGUAAUAAGUGCAACCUAAUGCGGCCAAAGAGGUCCCACCACUGCAGCCGCUGUGGCCACUGUGUGCGCCGCAUGGACCACCACUGCCCCUGGAUUAAUAACUGUGUAGGAGAGGACAACCACUGGCUCUUCCUGCAGCUGUGCUUCUACACACAGGUGUUGAGUCUGUUCACACUGGCGCUGGACUUCUGCCAGUACUACUACUUCCAGCCCCUGGCUAAUCUCCGCCAGGAGGAGUUUACUGGUCAUCACGAGUUGGCUCUGCUGCGUGUGUCGUCCUUCAUGGGGCUGGUGAUGUUUGGGGGCAUGGGCAGCCUGUUCUACACCCAGCUCACCGGCAUCCUCUCAGACACUACCACCAUAGAGAAAAUGGCCUACUUCAAGAACGAAGUUGUCCCUAGCAGGCGUCCAUGGCAGCAGACCCUGGCUGAGGUGUUUGGCACGCGCUGGAAGCUCCUGUGGUUUCUCCCUUUCAGGAGUCGACGGCCUCUAGGGGGCGCCUUCCACCCCCAUGUCCAUGUGUGAGCCCCCUUACCUCCCUGCCCCCGCGCCCAUGUGUGAGCCCCCUUACCUCCCUGCCCGCUGCCACGACACAGCGCUGAACUACGGCCAAAACAUUCCUCUCUCGUCACUCCUCUCUAUCCCUCGCUUCCCUCUCUCCCUCCUUCCCUCUCUCCCUCCUUUCCCUCUCUCCCUUGCUUCCCUCUCUCCCUCAUUCCCCUCUCUCCCUCCUUCCCCUCUCUCCCUGAGCUUGUCCUUGUUUUACCCUGUCUUCAACCCUCUUCCUCUCCCCCAAACUCCCAGCCCCACAAAACCUGCUUUCCUGGGCAGAGUCCUCCGAGGUGGUGCCGUCUCCUGGCUGUGCGUUGCCGUUCUGGAGGUUAGUUGGUGGCAGGGCCAGGUUAGAGACCGCAAUGGACUUUUGAAGGACUGUUGGCAGCGUUGCACCGCGUAACUGUCCAACCCCCUUGCUGGAAUACGGAUACACACACGUGCACGCACACACACACACACACAAACACACAUGCAAGGGGACACAGGGUGAAGCCCCAGGGUUUCUAGAGAUGGCCUUUUGUGUGUCUUCGUGCCAUGGCUCUGAGCUGUGUUUUUACACAAACACACACACACCCACACACACACACACACACACACACACACACACUCAGCCAGCGGGGUGCCACGGCGACCCGCUGGAAGCGGGACAGCGCUGUUUCCUGGGUAACCCUCAUUUGUUGGGCGCUUGGCAGGCCCUACCCCUGUGUCAUGUGACCUACUCUGGUGGUUCUGGCAAGCGGACGGGGCAAGCUGGGUCAGACUGUGUGUGUGUGUGUGUGUGUGUGUGUCUGAGAGAGAGUGUGUGUGUGUGGUGGGGAGGGUUGUGUGUGUGUGUGUGAUGUGGAGGAUUGUGUGUGUGUGGGUGUGUGGGUGUGUGGCUGUUGUCUGUUGUUGUUGUCUGGCCCGACAGCACCAGGAUUGACGACUGGAGCAGGGUCUGUGACCCCUGGCAACGGCAGGACAGACAGGGAGCGGGUCCAAAUCAACCCCAGAGUCAGAACCCUGCUGCACACACACACACACACACACACACACACACACACACACAGCCUUACACUCCCACUAUAAACACACACAAUGGAAUAUGUCCAAAAAGGCCUGAAUUAGAACACCCCUUUCCGUAUAUAAACACACACACAUACUCACACAGGCACACUGUAAAAACAGACACACACACACACACACAGAAGCUGGGGAGACAGUCUAAACUAGCCUGAUUCAUACACACCCCCUUGUACAAAGCCAAAAAUACCACCAAGCACACACAGCCAAAUUUUCAUACAGCCUCUCACACACACACACACACUUACACACUUACACACACACACAUUGCAAACACGGUCCUGCCAAAAACGCCGCUUUGACCUCAGUGCUAACUCUGCCACACACUGCGCCCCGGCCUGUAGCCAGCGCUGGGCCAGAUCAGAGCCACGCCUGGCCCAGAACGAGCGGCUCGCUGGCAUAGUGCUUCACGUUUCUCUCAGGACUCACUCCUACUGAUGCUCUUACUCCCUUACUCUUUCUCUUCUAUGCCUUUGUCUUUAAUUUGACCUCAUUGGUCUAUUUGAUGUGGUUUUUUAUGUGCCUUUUAAGAAUGCUCCACUCCACUGUUUGCUGAUGUCUUGAUGAUGGUUUGAUGAUUUUAUUUGUCUUUUAAAUUGUUCUGUUGUGACUGAGCUGUGUGUGAACCCUGGCUGGUGGCUCUCAAAUGUUCUGACUUACUGACUGGUUUUCUCUGAAGGGAAGGCGAGUUGAAUGAAAGGCCUGGACUGAUCUAGUGUAGGCUUCACGGAGAGCUGGAAACUGCCCCAUUCCUGCCUACUGAUGGGGCAGUACCAUUCCCAUCUCUAUAGGCCCAUGCUGCUGCUGCUGCCAUGCUUAUUAAUUACUAAAUGUCAAACAGAGAUUUUAAAGAUGCACUGUUUACAAACUCUACACAACACUGGCUUGCCUUGGUAGUCCAGGCCGAGGAGAUGUUUAUAGUGAUGGCCGGCUACAAUGACUACUGCUUCAACAACACUGUAGAAUCCUUAGAUAGACACCACACUCUACUGCCCAACCUAGCCCAUAGCCCAUCUUAUUGUCCCUUUCUAUCACUCCAUUCUACUGCUCCACCCUAUCAACCCACUCAAAUACCCCACCCUACUGCCCCACCCUAUCAACCCACUCAAAUACCCCACCCUACCUCCCCACCCUAUCAACCCACUCAAAUACCCCACCCUACCUCCCCAACCUAUCACCCUCUCUACCGCCCCAUUCUACUGUCCCAUUCUACCACCUCGCUGUACUGCCCCACUUUGUUUUUCCUUCCUAUCACUCCACUGUACUGCCCCAUCUUAUUGCCCCUUCCCUGAUGUCCCACCCCACUGCCCCUCACCCCUGCCCCAUGCCACCUCUUAGAGCAUUAAGUGCCUCCACAAGAGUAUAAAUAAGCAUUGAGUGUGUUCUGUCCAAUACAGAAGUUAACUUAACACCUCCAUUAGCUUGACAGUGAAGAUGUUCUAUUUCUCCUCAGGAGCACAGGCACACACACACACACACACACAGGAGUAGCUCUCAGAAAACACCACUCGUGAGUUGAAGGAACUGGGCAUGUAAAUUGUGAACAAGGUGACAACAAUAAUCUAGGAAUGGCUUUUUACUUCCUUAUGCCUGCUGUGUUGCCAUCCAGGUGUUGCCAAGGAGACGUGUCUAUGUGCACUGGAAUAUCUUGCAAAUUAUCCUUUAUUGGUUUAUGUUUGAUGUUUUUUGAUGCUUUUUUUUCUUGUAAUUUACCAAGAAAUCUCACUGUCUUUUUUGGUGAAUCCAAUUUCUGCUUAAAAUCUUAAUCUAUGGUUCACCACAUAUGUUAAUUCUGUUCUGGGGGGGCUCUGUCGCUAUGUCGAUACUGCUCUGAGAUAGAUGAUUCAUGGUUGAUCUGUGUGUCCAUAUCUGUUUGAGAGUCUUCCUUUUCACAUAAGACUCCACACUGUCUUGUGUUGCUGGUAACCGUUCGACGGAUGCUUAUCUCCCUGGUGUCGCGUUAGCUGCUAGGCUAGGCAUGUUUUUCCCCCCAGGCUGCACCUGUGGAUCCAAAGGGCAUAGUAAAACGUAUAGAGCUCAGACGCCGUGAUAGUCACAUGGAGAUCUGGCCACAACCAAGCACGCAACACACAGGUGCAAGGGGUGUUGCUUUUAACAUGCUUACAUGACUUGUAUAUCACUUAAGAAGAUUGUCAGGUCAGAUCUCCAUUUAGCUGUUCACCUAAGCUCACACCUUAAGCGUUAAGGCGACUGCAUCAUGCAGUCGCCAGAAGCUACACAAGACGCUACUGCGCCGGUUCAUGUCUGUCCACUGUAAAGCAAUAACUGCUAGUGUUAGAAUGCUAACAGGCUAGCACCGCCACUGUUCUCCCUUAGCUAUGGCCGGGUUUGACUGUAAUCUGCAUGUAGGCUAAUAUCAGGGCAAAGUUCUGUUAGUAUCCCUUAUUUCUACGUCCGUGCUUCAGGAUGAAUUCAGAGUAAUAUAAUCAGUGGUAGUAAAUGGUGAAAGUCAAUGAAAUACAGUCAGACAGGUAGAAGACUAGACUAGACUAGGACUAUCCAAAUGAAAUACAGUCAGACGGGUAGAAGACUAGACUAGGACUAUCCCAAUGAAAUACAGUCAGACAGCUAGAAAACCAGACUAGGAUUAUCCCAAGUAGUGACUGACUCAGGGAUGGACUUGACUGAGUCAUUCCUGACACAGCUGCACUCUGGGAUUGUUUUUGAAUGUGUUUUUUUUUUUAUUAUUAUUUUUUUUUAACCACGCUGUAUUUCCCUUCAAAUGCCAUAUCUUACCAAAACGAUAGGUCACACAGAUAGGUCACCACUUAUAUCACUUUGAACACUAUGCGAGGAGACAUCUGUGUGUAUAUAUAUAGGUAUAUAUUAUUCAGGAUUCCUAUGAAGAAGAAAUAUCUUUAACUCUUGGUGUCCUGCCUUCUAUUGUUUCGAUUGUUCUUGGUUUCACUCAAUGCUUUAUUGUUACUUGGUAUUAUGGGAAUAGUCUGUACAUGCUAUAAAUUAUAUCUAUAUGAAAUGCUAUUUAUUCCAUUAUUAUUUUUCAAAAUAAAUGGUGAUUUAUACAG